AUGGAGGUCGAGCUGUCGCAAGCCCAAAGCCCCAUGCGGGUUAUCGUUCUUGCGCCUGGCGAGCCUAAUCCCUUCUCCGUCGCCGACGACCCGGACGUCACGCCCGCAUGGGUGUCAAUGGGGCUCAGCAAGCGUGCUCGUGUCGCCGCCGCCAGCGAGGCCAUCCUGCCGGAGGUGUCGGGUCGCUCCCGCGAGGGGGAGGAGUGCGCCAUCUGCCUGCAGGACUUCGCCGCCGAGGAGACGCUGGGAGCGAUGCCCUGCUCCCACGCCUUCCACCGCCACUGCAUCUCCAAGUGGCUCUGCCGUAGCGCCGCCAGCUACCCGCCACUCCCGAGCCCGAGGAGCACGGCGACGACGAGGUGGUGGAAUGGGUGA